CAUAAUAAUUUAUUAAUUUUUAAUUAUGGCUAUUUUCUAGAUCUACCACAGCAGCACCAGCAUGGGAGCAAAUAUAGCAAAGGAAGCUGCAGAAGAGGAGAGUGGAUCUGGUCUCAAUCUAAAAGUCCUUUCUUGGAAUAUUGACGGUCUUGAUGGAAGAGACACUAUUGCCAGAGCUGAUGCUGUCUGCUCUGUUAUAUUAGAAAAGAAACCUCAUAUUAUAUUCCUCCAAGAAGUAGUGCCUCAGACUCUUAAACGACUCCAGUCAAAACUAGGCUCGUAUUACACCAUUCAUAUAAGCCACAAGCUAGUAUUCCAGUACUUUCCCGCUAUACUAGUCACUAAAGUGAGCAGAAAGAUAGUCCCUGAUGGAGACGUGGGCAUGUUUGAUUUCCCUGGCUCAACAAUGGGCCGCCAUCUCCUCCAGCUCUUUGUGAGGGUCUGUGGUGUCCCAAUGGCACUCUACACUUCCCAUCUUGAGAGCAUGAAGGAUUUCUCGGGAGAGAGGAAAGACCAGUUGUCUCAGUGUUUUGAGUUUGUUAAAGAACAGAACGAGCUCUUCUCACGUACUUGCAUAUUCGGUGGAGAUCUAAACCUCAGAGACGAAGAAGUGAAAUCCAUGGGUGGGCUUUUACCAAAAAUGGUCGACAUGUGGGAAGCAUGUGGGAGCUCUGAGGAAGACAAGUACACGUGGGACAUACAAGCCAAUGACAAUAUUGACUGGAAGUAUGCCAAUAAACCAAGGUGUAGGUUUGAUAGGCUGUACCUCUGUCCUGCUGAUGGCCCAUUUGUAAAGGCUCUUAGUUUUGAGUUGGUUGGAAAAGAGAGAUUGCCUCAGAUUGGGAGGUUCCCUAGUGACCAUUGGGGCAUGUGGUCUGUCUUCCAAGUGUCUGAGAUUGUCUCCAGUGAAUAGCACAUAUAUAAACUGAAAACAUCUAUAAUACAUUGAUUAAUUAUUGCGAUUUUUAGCUUUUGUUUUAUUAACUGUAACAUAGAUCUAUGAUUACACUUAUGAUCAUUUAUUAUCAUUA